AUGGUAGUGCCAUUUGUAUUACUUUUAUCAACCACUGAAAUGAAUGAUAGUGCCGUAAAGUUGAAAAAGAAAAGGCUUAUCAAGCAUGUUGUCACCUUAUCAGUUAUCACUAGCAUACUAUUUGCAUUAAUCAUUGUUGCUGGCAUUAUAUUGAUAUUCAAAUUACCACCAAACAAUCAAAAAUUUACUCUUAGCACAAUUGACUUAUCACAAGAUCAAGAAAAUUGGAAACAUCAAGUGAAUGCUGUUUUUGCAAUAAAUUUAAUUGGACCAAAAGAAAUGCGACCUAAACGAUCGGUGGAAAAUAUUAAAAAGUACACGUUACAAGUGAUACGUUCACUUCUAUUCACGUAUUACGGAAGUGACGCGCAAUUUGUAAUACAAACUUAUUCCAUUCCUGGGCAAACAACAUUUAGCGAAUUCUGUAAUGCACCGUGUACAAUGCGAUAUAUCGAUCAGAUCGAUCAGAUCAAUCAAAUUGAUCGAGAACAAACUUCUAUCGGUGAAAAUCCCAAUCAAACAGAUGCUGUUUGGCAAUAUUAUCGCUAUAGUCUUGGAAGAAAACCAAGUCGUUACAUUUUAUUUGUUGCUGAUCGUACUUCAUACAGUGAUGAUGCAAUAUUUGAAAAAGAUAUGGAAGAAACGAGUAAAAUAUUAGAACAAACAAAGCUAACAAAUAAAACAGAAACAAUAUUUAUUAACAAUGCUAAUAUAGCAAAUUACUUUAUGCAUAAAAGUAAUAUUAUUAGCAAUGGAAGAAGCGCUACAGAAUUAGCAAAUUUAAUCAACAAUAGACUGAUUUCUUAUUAUAAUAAUGAUAAUAAACUGAAUGCAAAUACAACAAUUGCAACAACAAUAAGCGAUUCAUCAGAAUUUGUUAUACCAUUUAUUACUGAAACAACAACAACUACUAUUAUUACUGCUGAAAAAAAUAAAAAUGAAAUUGAUGUUCAAACAAUACCUGUGCAAGAAUUACCUCAAUCAAAUGUUGCAUUCCAUAAUACAGAAAUAAAAGAACAAGCAACUACAGUUUCAUUCAUUUCAUCUACAACAAAAUUCAGCAAAACAACAAAGAAUGAUCAUCAAUUCAUCAAUGAUAAUUCACGAUUAUCAUUUCCGGAAGAUGAUUUUAUUGUUGAAAGGAUGAAAAUUUUUUCAACUGAUACUGAUGAUGCUAAUAUCGAAUCAACAACAUUUACAUUACUACCAUUUUUAUGGACCGGAAAUGGUGAUGAUUUUGAGCAACCGGAUGAUACGGAUAUUGAUGAAAUGAUCGAAACAGCGCAAUCAAAAAUUACUUCAACAGAAAAAAUUACACAAUCAAUAAGCAGUAAUGUUGCUAAUGAAUUAACACAUAUUAAAAGUACUGAUAGUAGUAGUGAUAAGCAUUUGGAUUAUCAUUUAUUAACUGAUAAAAUAGAUAAUAGUAAGGUAAAUUUACCUAUGACAUCUAGUAGCAACAACAAAAUGUCAUCUAAAUUUCAAGCAAAUGAUCGAUUUGAACAAACAAAAUUAAUUGAAAAUGAUGAAUCAUCAGAAGAAGAAGAAGAAGAAGGAGGAGGAGGAGGAGGAGAUGGAACGAUUAAUUUUAAAUCAAUUUCUGAUAUGAAUUCCUGGAUGGAUAAUUAUCAAAAUUUAACGACAACAACAACAACAACAACAACAACAAAUUUAUCAGAUGUCACAUUGGAUGACAUUAAUACAUCAUUCACUGAUGAAAAUGCUAAAUUUUUAUUGGAAACUAUUUUUUCAAAAGUAACACCAAUCGAUGAUAAAAUGAUAACUGCUACUGAUGCUACUGCUACUGCUACUGAUAAGUUAUCAACAAAUGAAAUGAAUGAUAAAAAUGUUUCAGAAUUUGUUGACAAAAAUGGUGUGACAAAUUUGGAAACUUUAACGCAAUCAAAAAUUGUACCAUCAUUAGAUAUCAAUGAUUUUGCAUAUUUUUUAGAGGAUUUGACUAUUUCAUCUACUUCAACAACAUUCGAUGAAUUGAUAAAUUUGAAUUCACAACAGAAACAUUCCAAUUCAUUUCAAUUAAAUGAAAAAUUUGAAACAACAAAAAUUGCCGAAAAAGGAAAUGCUGAAAUUACUGGAAUAAAAGAAGCGGAAACAGAAUUAAACCGAGGUGAAAUAAUUACUGAACCACUGAAAAAUAUGAUUACGCCUCAUACGGAUGAUAUAUUGGAUAUUCCGGUUGAAAAUAGCAACACAAUGGAAAUGGAUAGUGUGACAACAAUUUUGGAAGUACCACAGAUUAGUUCCGGACAAUCAACAUUUCCAGAAAGUAGUUUCAUUCAAGAAAAGAUACAUUCAAGUGAAAGUGAUGAUAAAGUGAUGGAACAAUUAGCAUCCGGAAAAAGUAAUUCAUUUCCUACCACCGAAUUCUCAACAAUUCUAACAAAUAACUCUCCGGAAAAUGUAAUGGAUUUAACCGGAAGCGUAACUGAUACUUCCUUGCUAUCAGAUGAUAAAAAAUUAUCAAUGACAACGAGUAAAUUAUUGAUAACGGAUGAUUUCUCACCGUUUGAUGAAAUAUCAGAAAUAAUGAAAGGAACCGAUGAUUCAUCACAGUUUACCAAUAGUCAUCCUGAUAAACCUGAUUUAUCAAUAGCUCAAACAACAAAUGAUUCAUCAGAUAAACCAAUAGUUAUCGGUUUCAUUCCCGAAGAAGAUGAUGAGCUAAUAAUCGAUGAUAGCUUAUCAUUAUUAACUUCUGCUACUACUGCAAGUACUAAUGAUAACAAUUUUGCAAUUAAACCUCAAUCAAUUCUUAAUCCGGAAAUUCCUGAUUCUAAUCAUCAAACAGUCGACAGCACCACAACAACAUCAAAUUUAAGCAUAAACAAUUGGCUAACAUUUUUUGAAACAUCAACGAUUACACCUGAAAUUGCAAUUGAUAUGAAAAAUGAAGUUAACAAUGAUGCAAAAGUUGCGAAUUCAGAAAUUUCAAUCACUCCAAUACCAAUGACAAUUUUUAAUAUAACAAUGCGACCAUCAAAAUUUAAUGCUAAACAUUUGAAUCGAUCAAGUAAUAAUAAUAAUAAUACUUAUACUUACUUAAUUUUGGAUGAAGUAAGUUAUACGAAAUUAAAUGAAUCAAAUAUGUAUGAUUCAUCAUCAACAAUUACAUCAAAUAUCGAUGAUCAAAAUAUUUCACUAAAUGAUUUAUUGUAUGAUGAAAAUGAAAUAUACAAUGAUUUAUAUACCGAUGAUUCACUCUCGUCAACAACAACAACAACAACAACAAAUGAUAUGACAAUACCGCCUGGCGCAAAAUUUACAAUGGAAAGUUUAUCAUUGCAAAAAAUGCAUCAAAUAAGAUCGGAACCGGAAAUGGCAACAACAUCAAUUUUGCAUACAGUCAAUAAUCAAAUUAAAAAUGCUAAUGAGCAUGAUAAUAGCUUAAUUUCAAUAGAUAAUCCUUCAGUAUCAUCAUAUGAUGAUACUGAAGAAUUGAUAGAAGAAACUGAUCCGGAAAAUCGCAAUACUGAAAAUGCAAUAACUACAACUCCAACAACAAUAUCACAAAUAAUAAAUUCAAGAAAAUCUGAUAUUACCAGACGUACAUUGGAUGAAAAUUUAAAUGAUCAAAUUACAAUUGGAACAACAUCUAUUCCUGAAAUUGAAGAAAUUGCUGAUAAAAAUAUGAAUCAUAAAAAAAUUAUUCAUCAAACAUUAACAGUACUUAAAACAGAAAAUGCUAUCAGUGAUGAUUCAUCGUUAUCAACAAUAUCACCAUCUGUUUCCACUUCAAUAUCAUUUGAGCAAGCAAUGAAUGAACUUUUAUCAUCUGAUUCAAAUUUUCUACACAAAUUAAAUACAUUAAAUUUACAAUCUCAAAUUAAUGCUACUACUACUACUACUACUGCUAGUGAUACUGAUAAAGAAUUGAUAAGCAGCACUGAUAAGAAUGACAAUAUUUUUAACACUAUAGCAUUGCAGUCAUCACCUUCGUCAAUAAUCGCUAAAACUGAAAAUUUAAUUUUUCAACAAAAAUUCAAAACAGGCAGAAAUGAUAUCACUUCAGUUAACAAUCCUAUUUUGGAUAAUGAUGAUGAAAAUUUGCGAUCAAAUGCGGAAAUUUCAACAAUUGACAAAUUUUCGUCAGAUGAAAGUAUCAGCGAUGAUAAUACUUUCAUAAAUGAUGAUCAUACAGUAUCCAAUAGUAUAUCUUUAUCAGUUACAACAAUCGUUCCGGAAAAUCUGAUCCGGAAUUCUUUUGCUAAUGAUGAAAAUUUGCGAUCAAAUGCGGAAAUUUCAACAAUUGACAAAUUUUCGUCAGAUGAAAGUAUCAGCGAUGAUAAUACUUUCAUAAAUGAUGAUCAUACUAUAUCUUUACCAGUUACAACAAUCGUUCCGGAAAAUCUGAUCCGGAAUUCUUUUGCUAAUGAUGAAAAUUUGCGAUCAAAUGCGGAAAUUUCAACAAUUGACAAAUUUUCGUCAGAUGAAAGUAUCAGCGAUGAUAAUACUUUCAUAAAUGAUGAUCAUACAGUACCCAAUAGUAUGUCUUUAUCAGUUACAACAAUCGUUCCGGAAAAUCUGAUCCGGAAUUCUUUUGCUAAUGAUGAAAAUUUGCGAUCAAAUGCGGAAAUUUCAACAAUUGACAAAUUUUCGUCAGAUGAAAAUAUCAACGAUGAUCAUACUAAUAGCAAAAAUAUUCGAUCAUCUGAAAUUUCCAUAAAUGAUGACCUUUCACCUGCUGAAAGUAACACCGAUGAUUUUACCAUUGAUGAAAAAGCUCAAUUAUCCGGAAUUUCUACAAAUAAUAACUUUUCACCUGAUUGGACUCAUAUCGAUUAUAGUGAAAUUAAUACUGAAAAUUUACGAUCAUCCGGAAUUUCUACAAAUAACAAAUUUUUGCUUAAUGAGAAUGUCACCGAUGAUCUCAGUAAUGAAGAAAGAAGCAUUCAAUCAUCAUUGGAAACAUCAACAAAUAAUAAUUUUUUAUUUGACAAAAAUAAUUGA